AAAACAACAACAAUGUCCCUCCUAAUUCCCACCCGCCGCAUCAGCCUAACACGUCUUCUUGCCUUUCAACCAACAUCAUAUCCAUAUAACUAUAACUAUAACUAUAACUAUCCAUAUAGAGACAAAAUUACACCAACAGCACCAUUCCACUCAUCUACCGCUCAAGCCACUCUCAAAGAAUCAGACCACGGCCGCGACGACCUCGACCAAGUCUAUGAACGAGAGAAAAACAAGCAGGUGAAGAAAUCCAAGGAGGAGGGGACGGCGGAAUGGAGCCCGGAUCUGGCUAGUAAUAGUGAGGCUUCGGUGAAAGCGGAUCGAGGGGAGGUGGAAGACAAUAAGGAUUUCAUUGACGUGCAGAAUCGAAUGAAGAAUGAGGCUGGAAAAAAGAGGUAGUAUUAUGGUGUUGACUUCCACAGCGGGGGAGAGAAACGUCUUCUAUAAUAGUGUAUAGGAUUGUAUGAUUAAAGCAGAUAUAAGUGACUAUACAAGGUUCAAGUCCAUCCCAAC